ACCACCUGUAAAAAUGAAGGAGGGGAGUUCAAAGCAACGUGCACGUUUAUCACUCGGGGCGCCGCAGGACACGAUUUAAACUCUAUGUUCUUUACAUGUGAAUGGUCAAGGUCAGUAACUAUCCCUCCGACUCCCACUUCUGACUGAAAUUACAUGGUGUAAACGGGACGUUUCUUGCCGUGUGAACAGUCUCCCUUACAUUUUUCUCACACGACUCAAGUACCUACGAGUCGCAUCUACCGACAUUUAUUCAGCAACCAUGACUCGAUCGAAAGAGAAAAACGAGAAUUUCGAGAUCGUCAUAAAAAAUCUCAUAGCCGGCGGUAUUGCUGGCAUGUGCUCGAAAACGACUGUGGCACCUUUGGAUAGAAUAAAAAUUUUAUUGCAGGCGCAGCAUGAGCAUUACAAACAUUUAGGUGUUUUCUCAGGAUUCAGAGAAAUUAUUCGACGCGAAAAUUUUCUUGCACUGUACAAAGGCAAUCUCGUUCAAAUGAUCAGAGCCGUGCCGUAUGCAGCAAUACAAUUUACAGCAUUUGAACAGUACAAACAACAUUUAAGAGGAUCAUCCGAGCAAGAUUCGCACAUAAAUGGAUUUUUAGCUGGAGCUGCCGCGGGUGUCACAGCGGCCGCAGUCACUUACCCACUUGACACUAUCAGAGCAAGAUUAGCCUUUCAAGUUACGAGCAAUACACUUUAUUCCGGAAUCAAACACGCCACUGUGAAAAUGCUGAAAGAGGAAGGCGGUCUUCGAGCAUUGUACAGAGGUUUCUGGCCUAAUAUGUUGGGUAUGGUACCAUACGCAGGAUUUUCCUUCUAUACCUUCGAAAAGCUGAAAUAUUUAAGCAUGAAAUACGCUCCACAUCAUCUUUGUUCCGAGCACAAAACGAAUACCGGCGGUCUUACAUUGAAUAUACCAGCAAAACUUUUAUGCGGAGGAGCUGCCGGUGCUGUAGCGCAUACCUUUUCUUAUCCAUUAGAUGUUACAAAGAGACGUAUGCAAUUGGCUAUGAUGAAUCCAGCUACACAUAAAUAUGCGUCAGGAAUGUUGUCCACUCUUAGGAUAAUAUACAUCGAAAAUGGCAUUGUGAAAGGUUUAUAUCGUGGAAUGAGUAUCAAUUUCUUGCGAGCAGUUCCUUUUAUGGCAGUUGGUUUUGCAAUGUACGAAAUAAUGAAGCAAAUGCUUCAUUUAGACACUGGAAUGAGACUAUAAAUUAUAUAUAAUUGAAUUUAUUUAGAUUGGAUUAGAAAAAA